AUGGACAGCCUUGCUGAAAUCAAAGAGGGAUGUCAGCUGUAUGAAGAAUUGUCAUCACUUUUGAAAGGAGCAGCCAUGCACCCGAGAAAAUGGUUGUCGAACUCAUCAGCUGUACUAGCCCGUAUACCGGAAACUGACAGAGCCUCAGAAAUCAACCUAGAAGAAGGACAGCUGCCCUCUGUUAAAGCACUUGGAGUUCUUUGGCUUGCUGAAGAAGACGUGUUUACCUUCCACUUGACAGCCCCAGAAGAAGAUUUCAAGAUAACCAAGAGAAGCCUGCUGAGGAAAGUUGCUUCAAUAUUUGAUCCGCUGGGAUUGGUCUCCCCAUACGUUGUCAGAGGAAAAAUGCUGAUGCAAGAAGUUUGGGCGAGUGGAAUCGAUUGGGAUGAUGAGGUUCCUGAAAUCUUGGAGAAGAAAGCGAGAGAUUGGAUGACUGAGAUAUCUUAUUUGGCAGAGGCAAAAGUACCGAGAUGUAUCCAACUUCAAGAGAAGGCAGUCAGCAUCGAGAUACAUUCAUUUGGAGAUGCAUCAGCAGAUGCACAUGGAGCAGCCAUCUAUACCAGAGUUACCUAUGACAGCGGCAUGGUAACUUCACGUCUGAUAGCUUCAAAGACCAAAGUCGCUCCCCUUGUCGCUACCAGUAUACCAAAACUCGAGAUGAUGGCAAUUCUCAACUUACAGCUAGCCCAGUCAGUUGUAACAGCCUUAAAAGUCUCCCUUCGAGAUGUCACGUUCUGGUCCGACAGCUUAAAUGUCCUAUGGUGGAUAAGACGCCCAAGUCGAAAGUUGAAAAUCUUCAUAGCCAACCGAGUAGGGGAAAUACAAAGCCAUACAGAUCCAAGUCAAUGGAGGUAUAUCGCCACUAAACAGAAUCCAGCAGAUUUACCGUCAAGAGGAGUCAAAGCAGCAGAUUUGGUCAGUCAGCAGCUGUGGUGGAGGGGUCCAGCGUUUCUUCUUGAACACAAGACAGAGUGGCCAGAAAACCAGUUCGAGAGAGGAGCUGAAGCAGUUGAUGAAGUCAAGACAACAGAGAUUGGAUUGUUCACUACCGGAGCAGUCAAUCUGUUAGAUACACGGCUGGAUCCAACACAUCACUCAAGUUGGCUGCGAUUAACCAGACUCCAUGCAUGGGUGCAACGUUUCUUGGAGAAUUGCACAACAUCACCAGUCUCGAGAACAAGAGGCGAACUCACAGCUGAAGAAAUCCACGAUGCUGAACUUUUCCUCAUCAGACAAGCUCAAGUCGAAUCAUUCAAAGACGAGUUUACAGCCUUGAAGAACGGAAGGGAGCUUCCUAAGUCGAGUCCACUUGCUAGUCUAAAGUCAAAAUUAGACAGGGAUCAGAUCCUACGAGUUGAUGGUCGGUUGGAGUAUGCAGAAAAUCUGACCUUUGAUGCUAAGCAUCCCAUAGUUCUACCAAGAAAACAUCGAACAACUCAGCUGAUUGUACAGGCGUACCAUGAGCAGGGACACCACGUCGCUGUUACAAAUCAAACACUUGCAGCACUAUCGGCAAAAUACUGGAUAAUCCGUGGUCGUGAGGAGGUCCGAGAUGGUGAGGCCAACUGUAACUUCUGUAAACGUAGGAAAGCAAGAAUCGUCAACCAAGUUGUGGCUCCGUUACCAAAGUCACGGGUAACUCAGCCUCUUCGAGCCUUCACUGUCACAUCCGUCGAUUACGCUGGGCCUUUUCUCACGAAACAGAGCAGAAGAGUUCAAACAAAGAGAUGGUUGUGCCUUUUCACAUGCCACGCAUCCCGAGCCCUGCAUUUAGAGAUGGCGUACUCAAUGAAUACAGACUCGUUCCUUAAUGCUUUCCACCGUUUUGUCAAUCGAAGAGGGGUCCCACUGGAGAUGACAUCAGACAAUGGUAGUAAUUUCGUGGGUGCCAAUAGAGAACUUAUGGAGCUGAUCACCCAACUCGAUAGGGAUAAGAUUGUUCGAGAGACAGCCGGACAAGGAGUAAAGUGGACUUUCUUCCCCCCAUUGGGUCCACAUUUUGGGGGUCUUCAUGAAAGUUUAGUCAAGAGUGCCAAACGAGCGAUAAAAGCAAUCUUAGAACGAGCCGAUAUCACAGAUGAAGAACUGCAGACUGCCUUUACCGGAGCUGAGGCGCUUCUUAACUCGAGACCGCUCACAUACCAGUCUGCAGAUGCUAGGGAUGAAAUGCCACUCACCCCUAAUCACUUUCUGCAUGGCCAAUGUGGGGGUCAGUUUGCACCAGAAGUCAUUGAUACCAUCGAUGGAACCCGUUUCAGCCCUGCCAGAAGAUGGAGAAGAGUUCAAGAUCUCCUUAAGCAUUUCUGGAGACGUUGGCAGAGUGAAUGGCUUCCACUGUUGCAGCACCGUCAGAAAUGGAGAGAUACCAAGAAAGACUUAACUGUUGGCACUGUCGUUCUCGUCGCCGACCCAGGUUCAACAAGGGGAACCUGGCCUCUUGGCCGGAUAACGGAGGUAUUUCCUGGAAAGGAUGGUCACACCAGAGUCGCCAGAAUCCAAGUUGGUGAGAAAACAAUGCUCCGCCCAAUCGUCCGAUUGUGUCCCUUGGAGUGUUGA